GUUUUUUUGCAUUCCAGUAGCUCUUUCUCCUGCCGACAUGGAUCCACAUGGGCCUGGAGGACCAGGUUGGGGAGGCCCUGGAGGCCCCGGAGGCCCUGGAGGGUGGAGUCCAGUUCCUCCUGGUGGUCCUGGAGGCCCUGGAGGGUGGAGUCCACUUCCUCCUGGAGGUCCUGGAGGCCCUGGAGCUGGAGGCCCUGGAGGUUGGAGUCCAGUUCCUCCUGGAGGGCCUGGAGGCCCGGGUGGUCCUGGUUCUGGGGGGCCUGGAUUUGGUGGCUUCUUCGGGUCAUGCUUCUACCUGCUCUGUUGCUGCUGCCUACUCCAAGAUUGCUGUGGCCCGUUCUUCGGACCCCCAGGCCCAGGCGGCCCAACGCCGCCCUUCUGAGUUCUGGCAGCACGCCAAUCGCCAAACAUAUCCACCGCGACAAAUAAUGCACUGGGGUUACAGUUAUUAGCAAAAGCAUUCACUAAAGGAAUCACUUGGUGAACAUUUUUGCUGCUGGAAGUGUCUCUUGCUGCAGUAUAAAUUAUA